ACAGAGACGGAGAAUUCGUACGACAUGAAUGUAGAAAAUAGUCAUACGGCAGAAACAGAGAGUGAGCAAACGACGAACGGCAACGAGACGAUCACCAUUCAGACAACACUGGGAGAUGAAGAUGAAGAUGUGCACAAGUGCGGACGCUGUCAGUCCGAGUUCUCCGUGCUGGAGGCUUUCAUCCAGCACAAGCUGCAGCACAACUGCAGACGAGUGGAGGCGGACAGCCAGGAGGCCAGCCAGGAGGCCAGUCCAGAGGUUACUGCAGUUGAUGAAAGUUCUUCUUCAGAGGUGAAAACGGCUGAAGGUGCAUCUUCGGAUGAACCAUUGAAGACUCGUGACGCGUUAGGUCGAGGUCGCAGGAAGAAAGUGGUUUCACUCAAAGUCACUGACCACUCAGACGGGACUGAAGGAUCCUUAUCUGACAAUGUGGACGGUGACAACAAGCCUGUUUACAAAGUCACCCAGGAGGGACGCUACAUUUGCCAACUUUGUGACAAGACAUUUAAAACAACCAACAUCUUGAGAACUCACAUGAAAACUCACAGUGACAAAAAGAACUUCGCAUGUGACUUAUGUGGGACCUCCUUUCGCACAAAAGGCUCCCUGAUUCGUCACAACCGUCGCCACACUGAUGAGCGGCCAUAUCGCUGUACCCUAUGUGGCCAGUCCUUCAGAGAGUCGGGGGCCCUCACCAGACACCUUAAGUCCCUCACACCAUGCACAGAGAAGAUCCGCUUUGUUCAGUACAAGGAGAUCUUGGUCGGCAAAGAUGGAGUACAACAAGGAGUCGUAGAUGAUCGUCUUGCAAUGACUGCGCAGCAGCAUGAGGUCGUGGUUGUGGAACGACGGCCUUUUGUGCAAGAGCAGGAGCAGGAGCAAGAACAGGAGCAAGAACAGCAAGAACAGGAGCAGGAGCAAGAGCAGGAGCAAGAGCAAGAACAGGAGCUUGAGCAGGAGCAGGAGCUUAAGCAGGAGCUUGAGCAAGAGCAGGAGCUUGAGCAGGAGCAAGAGAUGGAGAUGGAGAUGGUUGAAGCUCAGACUGCUGUCGUCAGUGUGGUAGAUGCUGGUUCCCAAGAGGUUCUCCAUCAGGUUCACUUCACAAUGGAGGUGAAUGGAACAACACAGGAGCAACAGGUUGUAGUAGAGCAGUCUCAGGCAGAGGCCCUGGCUGCUGCUGCAGCAGCGGGCGACAACCUCAUCUGCCAGGCCAUCAUCAACUCUGGCAUUGCACUGGGGAGAGAGGAAGCCGUGGUUGAAGAGAUCUCGCAGGAAUGUGAGGAAAUGGAUAAAGAGGUUUCCGAAUGUCCGGAUGUUGAUGAGAGUAUCGCUGAGAUCCAUGUGAAAGAAGAGUUUAUGGAGACGGAGACAGAGGAAGCAAGUGAUGGACUUGAUCAAACAUCCUUUAAAUUGUACACAUGUCCACACUGUAAUCGCUCCUUCAAGGGAUUGAAUUACUUCCGCUUUCAUGUCAAGGGCCACUUGGCUGGUUACAAGCCCUUUAAGUGUACACUAUGCCAUAAGGAGUUUCUGACUGGUUACCUGCUGAAGAAACACAUGGAAAUCCAUGUCAGUGAGAGGCGGUACAAGUGUGGCGAGUGUGGCAAGCUGUACAAAACCAUCGGGCAUGUACGAGAGCACAUGAGGGCACACUCGGAUGAGAGACCCUACCGCUGUGCCCGAUGCAACAAGGGAUAUAAGACCAAGAAUGCCUUGCAGGUGCAUCAGCGGACCCACGGGGAUGAUAAACCAUAUGUGUGCAAGUUCUGCUUGAGAGGCUUCAGGGAGAAAGGUUCUCUGGUCCGACACACCCGCCAUCACACCGGAGAGAAGCCAUUCAAGUGCCCAAACUGUGAGCGAGGCUUUGCCGAGCACGGGACUCUCAAUCGGCAUAUCCGUGCGAAAGGAGGCUGCCAGAAGGAUGAAGUCAGUGAGCAGCCGGAUCUGUCGACAGAGGAGAAGGAGUCGGUGGAAAGCCUCGCUACAGCGGCCAUCAUUUCAGAGGAUCCGCAUGCUGUGCUGGUGGAGUUCUCCUCGGUGGUGGCAGACACACAGGAGUACAUCAUCAAGACUCAAACAGAGGAGGAGGUGCAGGAAGAAGAAGUUACACUCAUUCAAGACAGCCAAAACGAGAUGGGCAACCAGAUCAUGAAAGUGGUGCAGCAAAUUGUCAGCCAGUCACACGGCGCCGGCGGCACGGGCAGCCACCAGAUCAUUGUGCGCAAUAUGGCGAUGGACGAGGAGAGCGCCUCCAUCUCCGACUGCGGCGACACGAUCACCAUCGCGACUCCCGAGAGCCUGACUGAGCAGGUGGCCAUGACGUUGGCCUCCGCCAUCAGUGACGGCACGCUGCUGGCCACGGCGGGCACCGCGGAGACGGCAGACGGAACAGUUACCAUGGUUACCACGGAGGAAGCGGUGGAGGAGGGAAUACAGAUGGUGCAGCAGGAGGAAUAUGUCAUCACCUCCCCAGAGGAGGUGGAGAUUCAGACUGUCAUUGUGUGAUGGACGAGGAUACUAACGAUGGACUCGUGAAUUCUCCGGACUGAACUUGUGUAGCUGAGUACUGUGAAGUUUAUAUGAGCCUCGUCUGAGAUUUGAUCACAAAACAAAGGCCAAAGUGUUUCUAAGGUUUAUAGUUCCACAAAGAGACAUUUACACUUCUAUGUGGAACAUAAAGAAUGAGUGUGCAUGAGGACUAGUGCUAGCAAUCAUCUUUCGUUGAUUGCGUCCGGUAUUCUCGCUCAUUUCGGGAAUAUAUGGGUGCAUACAGCUUAAAGAUAUGGUUGAUAAACUAGCAUAAGUAUGUUAUUUUAGAAAAACUAAAACCCAGCCCAGUAUUUCCACCUCUUUCCCGAUGUCGCUAGCAGCUCUCGCUCCAAAAGUCCCUGAAUCUGGGGAGAAGGUCACCGAGUGUUUCGGCUCUCCUCCACGGCCACUCCCCUAAAAUAAUCACUAUGGACAUAAACAACCAGCAUGGCUGUUGUUGAGCUGGCAGUUUGAGGAAGACUCUUAUGCAAUGAGUGCAUGCAGGUAAACAGGUAAGCCAUUCCGAUUGGUUCAUUCAGGCCGAAUGAAUUAAAUGAUUGCAGUUAUGCCAAAGUUUUUUCUUUCCAAGAUCAUUUGAUUUAUUGAUUGAUGAUGGGAUAUAAAUCUAAUAUCAACACGUAUAACAAACAAAAAAAGAGAUCACCAAGCUUUAUUUGGAACAAACCAGAUUAAUUUAGUAAGGUUUUAAUUUUAGAGGCCUGGCCCGAUUCAUAUUUCCUUCAGGCGGUACAAACUGAGCAUGUAUCUGUUGGCGCCUGGCCUCGGCUCUUUGCUGCAAUCAUUAGUGAAAUUCUUUCUUACUUUUUCACGACCUAAAACGGCAUCAUUCCAUCAGUGUUCACGUCUGCGCUCUCCAUUAAAGUUUAGGAAGUCUUCAUCCUCAAAUUGAAACGGGAUGUCCUUCUGAAGACUGGCCGCUCCAGAACUGUGCCUUCCUGCAUGCCUGUUUAAGGCCAUUAAAGACUAUAAACCUCCCACAGUGUUUAAUCAUAAUGCAUAUUUCAGCAUGACGGAUGCACCAGCCGUUAAGACGUGGUCAGUUUACAUCAAAUAAAUGCUAUUUUGUGAUACAGUUUGCUUCUAUUUAUCUUUGUUGUCUGGUUUUUCUCACGCAUUGAGAAGUUUGCCUUUCAAUGAGUGAGUUAUUUUCUGUGAUCAUAUUUACAUGCAUUUCUUUUUGAAAGAAUAUUUUUGUUUCUGAAAAGUUAUUUUACUAUUGAGUGGCAACAACCACAGAGAUCUUACCAUUUGUCUUGGUAAACCCCACAUGUGUAAUAACUGUUACAUGGUAAUAAACCACUGUAGCUCUUACUAUUGCAUAAAGAGUUGAGAGAG